CAUCCUUGCGGGAAGUCGCGUUAUGUAACAAGCAAAUUUCCUUUGAUAUUGCUGGAAAGGAUAAUUCGACAAGAGAUAUGAGAAACGAGGAGGCUUGUAAAUUGAUGAUGUUCGCAGCAGUCGAAAACCACAGAGACGGAAAUGAGAUCUCGAAGCCUCAGAAAACUGCGACAAGCGAUAACGAGCGGCUGAUUGAUUUAACGGACAUAUCACGAAAGUAUAAGAUAGGUGUCUUAUCCAGCUCUAAUUCUAGCAUCAGCAGUACGCUGCUGGAUCAUGACAGAUCGACUAAUGGCGCGUUGAGUGCAGACGCGAUAAGAGUCGAGACUACCCCUGAGACGUCUCAUUCCGAGGGAGAGCUGUACAUGCCGAGCUCGUGCUCGUAUUCCCUCGGUGAGGUGCGCGUCCUGAGGAGGAAACGUGAUUUGAUUGAGGAUAAUAUGAUGGAUCGCGAUAGUAAUAUGACGGUCCUCGUCACCAGGAGUAUGCUAACGUCUUUGAACGAUUCCACGAUGUCUCUCCUGGGAAGCUCCGAACGUAUUUAGAAUGAGCCGCAGAUUCUACGACCUGGCACGUGACACUUCAACUUAUCACAGACGACAUUCUUCUUAGCGAUUUUUACUUGUGUCGCGAUAACAAGCUGUGCUAUCGAUUCAUACAGGAU